AAAAAGAGCAACAAGAAACCAUCCGAACCAAUACCCGUCAUGGCCGCAGCCAAAGUCGAAGUCGAGCAAUACCACCUCUAUCCAACAGACCACAUCCCCAACUCCCCACGGCCUCUCUUGCACUACAAACACGCAUUAGCCCAAAACUCCGCCAAAACGCACAUCGAUCCAGUCGAAGUCUACAAUCUCUUUGCACGCAACGGCUGGGACGUCCAGUGGAUUUUCCGGUACGGACCAACACAGCCAUCACACUACCACUCGAAAGCGCACGAAUGCAUGGCCGUCCUCUCGGGGACGGCUACGAUUCGAUUCGGCGUCGCGGAUACAUCCGAUGAUCUAGAUGCCAAUACGCACGGGGAUGCCUGGGAGAAAGGUGGGAUUGAAUUGAAGGCCGAGGCAGGGGACGUUUUCGUGAUCCCCUCCGGGGUAGCGCAUAAGACGUACAACACCAACCCCGAGGCAGAAUUCCGGCUCCUCACGCCCGGCGAGGGACAUGGGAUAGACGCAGACGAUAAGCGUGAGGCACUAGAGAAGAUCGAACUAUCAGGCUACACGAUGCUGGGCGCGUACGCUGGGGGAGUGUGGGAUUUUGUCGAGAGGGGAGGCGAGUUUGAAAAGGUGUGGGCUGUUCCUAAACCAAGGCUUGAUCCUGUCUUUGGGGAUAAGGAGGAGGGGCUUUGUAAGACGUGGAGGGGAGGUGGGGAGCCGGCGCAGUUGCGGCUGUGAUUCUGGGCAAGAGCUGAGUUUAUGUAUCUAAAGAGCUGUCCAAGUGGACUGGGAAUGGCCAUUUUGACGUCUGCAGAGACAACUCGGAGGGCUUUUCGCAGGAUCAUGAUAUCGGAACCACUGUUCGAGAUAAUUCACCCAAGGGGAGAACUGGC